UCGCCACAGCCAUACAUUCAGUCAACUAUGGCCGGCGCUGUGGCUGCGUAUAUCUCGAUCUCGCCGCCAAUCGCUAGUCCUCGCCAUGCAUAACUUAUCAACGCCACCACCAUCCCCCAUAUAUGUGCAUGCAACCAAACAAACCAAUCGACAGCCCUGAGCAGGAGGAAGACGACGACGAGUCGACGACGACAUCCGCCCCACAACCCACAAAAACCAGCAUGGCUCCAUCGUCGACAGUGCUGCUCGCCGCCGCGGUCGUAGCGUUAACGUUGGCACCGCGGCCGAGCUUGGCCGUGGACCCGGUGAGCACGUACUGCGCCAAGAACUUCACCGGCGGGCAGACGCAGGCGAGCAUCAGUUCGGUGCUCGCCACGCUAGUCCCGCGCGCCUCGACGGCCUACUACGCGACGGCGAUGGCCGGCACCGGCGGCUCCACCAUCUGGGGCCUGGCGCAGUGCCGCGGCGACAUCUCGUCGUCCGACUGCGCGCGCUGCCUCGCCGCGGCGGCGCGGCAGGUGGCGUCGUCGUGCCGGGGCCAGGCGGACGCGCGGGUCUGGUACGACUACUGCUUCCUCCGCUACGACGACGCCGACUUCGUCGGCCUGCCGGACACCGGGCACACGCUCAUCCUCAUCAACACCAUGAACGCCACCGGCGACCUGGCCGCGUUCGACCGCGCCGAGCGGAGCCUCAUGGCGCGCGUCGCGGAGACGGCCGGUGACCCCGCCAGCGCCGGGCUCGCCAGGAAGACGGCGAAGUUUGGGUCGGAGGGGACUACCAUCUACGGGCUCGGGUGGUGCACCAGGGACAUCGCCGCCGCGGAUUGUGGGCUCUGCGUGGCGCAGGCGGUGGCGGAGCUCCCUAACUACUGCAGAUUCCGGAGGGGAUGCCGCGUGCUCUACAGCAGCUGCAUGGCGCGCUACGAGACCUACCCCUUCUUCUUCCCCGUCACCGGCGACGACGACGACGUCGCGGCUGCCUCCUCCCACGCCGGCGAGUACGAGACUGUCAUCUUGAACCACAAAUAGUAGUUUCUCGUUCAAGUGUACGCUUAUCAAUCGUGCGCUAGCUAUAUAUAUCACUUGUACUGAAUAAUUUUACUGAAUGAUAUUUUGAUGACGGAAAUUGUUGCAGAAAUUGAAUUAAUCAAAAUGCAAGAAUUUUCCAGUGCCGCA